AAGAGAUCAUUUGUUAUCCUUUAGAGCUCAUACUACUGAUUGACAAUGGACUUCGGAAUGGGAGUUGGAAGUAGGUCUAGUGGUGAUCAGGAGGCUUCUAAUUCUCAAAAGGGGAAGAAGUCGUAUCAUCGACACACUGCUUAUCAGAUUCAGCGUCUUGAGGCCUUUUUCAAGGAAUGUCCGCAUCCAGAUGAAAACCAACGAAAGCAACUGGGCAAGGAAUUGGGCCUUGAGCCUCGACAAAUCAAGUUUUGGUUUCAAAACAAAAGAACUCAAACAAAGACACAAAAUGAGCGUGCAGAUAACAGUGCUCUUCGGAUGGAAAAUGAAAAGAUCCAAUGUGAAAACCUAUUGAUGAGAGAGUCACUAAAGAACAUUGUUUGCUCAUCUUGUGGGGGUCCACAAUUUGGGGAAGAAGAACAAAGGCGUAAUGUACAAAAAUUGCAACUCGAAAACACCCAUUUGAAAGAAGAGCAUGAAAAGGUAUCCAACCUUCUUGCCAAGUAUAUAGGGAAACCAAUCGCACAAAUCCAGUCAUUGCCAACACAAAUGCAAUCAUUGACUGCACUUGGAGCUUCAUUAGAUAUAUCGACAGGAUGUUUUGCAAGCCAAGGGAUGGGAAGCACUUCCCCUGAUAUCGAUCUUCUUUCUGGAAAUGCUAAUAGUCCUACAUUUCCAUACCAAUCAAUAGGAAUUUCAGAGAUGGAAAAGUCACUUAUAAUUGAGACUGUUUCAAGUGCAAGGGAUGAAUUGAUUAGGCUUAUACGAAUCAAUGAGCCUUUGUGGAUCAAGUCCUCGACUAAUGGGAACUAUGUUCUUCACCAUGAUAGCUAUGAAAAGAUGUUCCCUAGGGGUACUCACUUUAAAGGUUCCAAUACUCAAGUUGAAUCAUCGAAGGAAUGGGUAUUAGUACCCUUUAGUGGAAAGCACUUGGUUGACAUGUUUUUGGAUCCGAUUAAUGAUAAAUGUACGGAUCUUUUUCCUUCAAUUAUUACCAAAGCAAGGACAAUUCAAUCCAUUGAAAGUGGAACAAUUAGAAACUUGGGUGGUUCCUUACAAUUGGUGUAUGAACAGAUGCAUAUUCUCUCACCUUUAGUGCCUCCUCGAGAAUUCUACUUUCUUCGUUAUUGCCAACAAAUGGAGCAACACUUAUGGGUGAUAGUGGAUGUGUCCUAUGAUUUCUAUAAGGAGAACCAACAUUUCUCCCCUUCCUAUUGUUGGAAGCUUCCAUCAGGGUGUAUGAUUGAGGAAAUGGCCAAUGGGGACACUAGGGUUACUUGGGUGGAACAUGUUGAAGUGGAUGAUAAGUGUAUUCCGAAAAACCUCUAUAGAGAUAUUGUAAGUGGUUGUUUGGCAUUUGGGGCAGAACAUCGAAUGCUUACUCUUCAAAGGAUGUGUGAGAGAUUCAUCUAUACAUCCUCAGAAAUCUUGCCCACUGGAGGAGUUAUCACUGCGCUAGAAGGUAAGAGAAGCAUAAUGGAUCUAGCACAUAGGAUGGUCAAGAACUUUUGUUCAAACUUAAACAUGUCUAGCAAACUAGAUUUCCCCCAAUUGUCUGAAUUGAACAACAACGAAGUCCAACUCUCCAUUCGCAAGAGCAUCGAACCAGGCCAACCCAAUGGCUUGAUUGUUAGCGCUGCUAGCUCUCUUUGGCUCCCUUUGCCUCCACAAACCAUAUUCAAUUUCUUCACAGAUGAGAAACAACGACCUCAGUGGGAUGUUCUUUCCAAUGGAAAUCCAGUGCAAGAAAUCGCACAUAUUAUAUAUGGAACUCAUCCAGGGAAUCAUGUAUCUAUUAUUCGGCCAUUUGUCCCUAGUGAGAACAACUUGAUGAUGCUUCAAGAGAGCUGCAUAGACCCUAUGGGAUCCCUUGUGAUUUAUGCUCCCAUUGACCUUCCAACACUAAAUAUAGCAAUCAGUGGAGGGGACUCUUCAAGCAUACCUAUACUUCCAUCAGGGUUUAUAAUCUCAAGUGAUGGCCACUAUGAAGCUUCUUCAACUAGCAGCCCUAGCACAAGCAAUAGACCAGGAGGCGGUUCACUUCUCACUGUAGCUUUUCAGAUACUGGUUUGCAGCCUCCAAUAUUCAAAGCAACUCAACAUAGACUCUGUGGCCACUGUUCAUACUCUCAUUUGCACCACCGUUCAGAGAAUAAAGGCUGCCUUAAACUGCUCUCCCUUUGAUUGACCUACCUACGCAUGGCUACUUCAUUCUUAUGCAUGCAUGUUGUGAGAUACAUGUUAAAAACUUUCUAUUUGAAUUUGGUUUCAAGCUAGCUAAGGGUGAAAUGUGUUACAUUGGAUGAAUGGUCGUUAAGUCCUUUCUAUUUACCAUCUAGUUCUUCAAUAAUAUCUAGCUUCCAUUGAUCAAUCA